AGAUUAUACAACGAAUUCUGCCGUGCCAUCAGCAUUAGUACGGCAUUGUUCGGUACAUUGUAAUGUGCCAAGGUAUUCAAUCGCUUCCAACCAUUUGGUUCCACGCGUGAUGUCGCAUCGAUAUCCUGCAACACUAUGCGACCAUUGAUACCCGCUCGCCAUUCCAAAUCCAAAUCAUUUGCAUUUGGUCGAUCCGAAUACGGUACAGUACGGUACUUAGCGUCGAGGCAUUUCUCCUUCACCUACAAGACAAAGAAAUAUACAUAAUAAACAUAUAA